CAAAGUACUAGCGUAUUUGUAAAUGUCUUAUCAAGAAAAAAGGAGAGAAAAUUGGCGCCAGAUUAGUGGCCUGAUGAAUGUUUUGCUUCUCAACCCUGAAGUGUGCAGGCUAAGUGCAAGGGACUUGAUAUUGUUCUCCUUUCAAUCUCACUACCGUAGCUUGCAGGCUAAGUGUAAUUUGCCUGAUGAGAGUUUUGUUUCUCACCACAUUGGCUGGCAGACUUAGUAUGUUGCCUGAUGAAUGUUUUGUUUCUCACUACCUUGAAAGGCAGGCCAAGUGUAAGUUGCCUGAUGAGAGUUUUGUUUCUCACCACAUUGGCUGGCAGACUUAGUAUGUUGCCUGAUGAAUGUUUUGUUUCUCACUACCUUGAAAGGCAGGCCAAGUGUAAGUUGCCUGAUGAGAGUUUUGUUUCUCACCACCUUGGCAGACAGGCCAAGUGUAAGUUGCCAGAUGAAUGUCUUAUUUCUCGUCUCGUCUCGUCAAGGGCAAUCUGAGAAAGGAACAGACACUCACGCCCUUCUUCGUCUACAAGCUCUUGCUGUGAAGAGCAGAUAUCACGUCACAACGACAGUAUGCGUUAUGCUCCACUAGACCAAAGCGCUGUAACUAUGACACGGUGCUAUCAUGAUGAGAUCUCGAGCUCUUGUCCGAAUACAAAUGUCACGACUCAAGCGCGUUAUUGCCUGUCCACGCGUGGCUAUAAAAACAACUUAUCACCACCCCGCUAUCGGUGUGAAAACUACUUUCACGCGAUACUCGGGUUCCGCUACAAAUCGAGAAUAAUUAUGUCCACCCUCUCUCCCCUCGUACUUAGCCUGAAGGUGAUCUCCGUUAAUCAUAGCAAACAGCCAAACUUCCUUUCACGAACUAUUUUUUAAUUUUAUUUUUGGGAAUUCUAAUAAAAAAGUCGAAUUUAAUAAUGCAUUUAGUCGAUUUUAAUUUGAUUUACUUGUAAUCAAACCCGUCUUUUUUCUUUUCAUUUUAUUAAUUGCGUUUUUUUUCUGCAGAUAAUGUUACCAUCUCAAUGAUUGUGAUAAGAAUGUCCUUUUCACGACUAGCAGAUAAGAUUAUAAAGAAACGAUAGAAACAUCCAGAAAAUUUCUUCAAUAUACGUUUACUGAUUGUUCAUCUUCACAGAAAAUCCCUUAAAUCCUACUCGUCUCAUCCAUAGUAAGGGGUAAACCGCCCAAACAAGCUUACGUUUUCCUGACUCCUGGAGUCGCACGGGUCAAUGACGACGACCUCAAAUGGUUACUCCCUCCGAUAGGACAUCACUUAACCCAAAGCACUGUCAAAACUCGUCAUAAUAUUUAUCGCUCAUAUUUAAAUAGAACACCGUCCAUUUGUCGUGAUGAGAGCAAAGGAUAUCGCACGCUACUUAUAAUGACAUCCGCUAUCUGUUUUCUGACUUGUUCGCCUGGGUAUUGACCAUCCGCUAAGGGUGUGUAAUGCAUUGUGCUGUUAUCAUGCUUAGUCUUUUGUAGUCCUACCACAUCAUUAACUAGAUAUAAAGUAAUGCAAACGUACCAUGCUCAUCCGCCGGCCGCUCAAGCAUCAGAUUAAACGACUAAUCCCUUCCUUAGACAUCAUAUAGAGGCCAUAAAAAACAAUUCCUAAAAUGAUCGCAAUUCCUAUAAACGGAAAUCACCACCUCGAGGUUAAGGCCUAAGAGCUAGACAUUCCCCUGAUGCCAUUGGGACUCUACUUUUCGUUCCCAUUGACUGUUUGUAUGAGUGCCAUCACUAGGGUGACAAGGGGGGUGUGACGCAAGCGACACGGCCCAGAAUAAAGCAAUAAAGCGGCGAUUAGGGACUCCGGAUGUUUGGCAAACCGUUCACAAGAAAAGUAAUAUAUCGUUAAUGCUGUGAUGCACUAUCAGGUAAUAGGCGACUAAUUCCGCUGAUCAGCAGAUUUACCCGUCGGGGUCGGUUGUCUUUCACUGUAUGACAAUGUUAAUUGCCUAAUAUCGAAUAUCAAUACCAUCAUAGAAAAGCCUUACACUCUACGUAGACGGAACGGGAAAUAUUUAAAAGUCAGUCAACGGUAGCGCGGUUAUAUAAAUUACGGAUAACGCGGAGUACGCUUCAUAUUCGGGGCGCGCUGCACUGUAUCAAAGUACAAUUGUUCGCAAAGUGGAAGAGGCGGUUUUUCGGAGACAGAUCAGCCGAGAACUGUUUACACAACAGCGCAAAUAUCAUCCUCGACUGCCGUCUGGGCAUCGUCACCAGAAAGCGCUCGCUCGCCUUGGCGAGCCAUGAAUAACACGACGGCGGCAAUGAGGAACGAGAGCAGCGAUUCGGGGACUCGGUGUCACUGGGAUUUGCUUGAGGCGACAGAUGCGGCGAGGAACGGCAAGAUCGCGGCAUUCUCACUCGUACUCAUCGUAUCCCUCAUCGGCAACAUUCUAGUCAUACUGGUCGUGUACAAGAACAAAAACAUGAGAAAGACAAUUAAUUAUUUCAUCGUGAACAUGGCAGCAAGCGACAUCAUUAUUCCCGUGCUAGUCAUGCCAAUGCAGAUCGCAAGGACAGCUAAUAGCGAGACGCAGGGAGCGUGGCUGGUCGAAGGGACCGCUGGCCUGGCGCUCUGCAAGAUUGUCUACUUCUUGGCCGAUAUCUCAGGCCCCGUGUCAAUACUAAGCCUUGUGUGUAUGGCCGUUGAUAGGUUUGUGGGGGUGGUGUUUCCCCUUCGCGCUGGUCUCAUUUCAUCACGCGCUCGAGUUAUCAUGAUCGCUAUGACUUGGGUCAUCUCAUUCGGCUUCUACGCGCCCUAUCUGUACAUCAUGACUAUAGUGAAAGGGAGGAAUGGACUCUCGUACUGCGGGAUUCGCUGGAGUGAUGACUUCCUUGUGCACACCCGUCAUCACCAGACGUACUUCGCCACCAUCUCCCUCGUCUUUUUCAUCAUCCCGCUUGUCCUUCUCGUCUUCUUCUACGGCGUAGUGCUCAUAACGCUCGGCAAGCGAAAGUUCCCACGCCUCCAUCAGUCAAACGAACAGAAGCGCCGUAACCGACGGGUAUCUCGCAGCGCCACGGUCAUUGCCCUCACCAUCGUACUCGUCUUUCAGUUCUGCUGGGGCCCCUACAACACCAUCACCUUUCUCUGGGCCUACAAAUGGGACUGGGUUAAACCCAAAUUUUGCGGUUUUAAAUCGCUUUUCUUCGCGUGUCAGUUCUUGACCUGGGCAAACGCCGCCAUCAAUCCCUGCAUUUAUUUCAUCCUGGUGGAGAAUUACCGGAAGGGACUGCGGACGGUGAUCCCCAGGACACUGUCGGUAAACAGCAGUCUGAGGGCGCCACGUAGCGGUACCAAACAAGAGACGGCUGAACAGGUCAUCGGCACCGGAGAUUGCCUGGAACUCGUUGAUCAGUGAAAAAACGUGUUUAGGGCCACAAGAACAAGAAAAGACCCCCGCGGCACACCUGACGCGCACCAAGACCUUCGCUAGAACAUGGGUUACCAUGCUUCAUUGCUGUAUCGAUGGGCAGCAACACAAUGGACACCUAUGAGUACUGCGGACAAAUCGUGAGCUUUACUAAAGACAGAGAACAGCCGAUACCUUCGCUAAAAUAUGGCUCAUGGAUAAUUCUUUAGACACAGCCGGACCUUUGUAAAGAAACAGCCAUCAUAAAUGCACCAGGACCAAGACCUUUGCUGUCUCUACAAAAAUCAAAAACGAAAUAACAGCGGUGUGGCAUGUAACCGAGGCAAAACGUCGAUAAAAACUGCUCUUAGUUUGACAAUUUCAACACCAGGGGCUCCCAAUUACUUAAUUUAUCAUGAUUUUUCUUCAGUACAUCUUGGACUCUUCUAUAGAGGAUAAAAUAUAAUAUGAUGUAAUUUGAAUAUGUUAUUUAAAACAGAGCAAGAGUUCACGGACUAAACUCUAGAGGGCUACUAGACUUUGUUUGGUCGUUAGACAUUUAAAAAGAUAAGGACAUUUUUUGGAUCUUAAUGAUCCGGGGGAGACGUUUCUAAACGAUAAACGCUCUAGGUAAUGGUUAGGCAUUCCACUUCUGUCACUGUGUGAUAACUAUCCACUUCUCCUUGGUGAGAUAGUAGUAAGUAACAAAUAGGUAAAAUAGCUGUUUUUAGGUUUGAAGUGAUCGUUUGCGAGUGGUGUGCAAUUUCUCAAGUUGUUGACGAUGAGGAAUAGCCCGAGGGGGGUUAUCACGGUUAUCAGACGAAUUGGCGGAACGUUAGAAGACUGUACACAGAGACAACUGGCUACCAUUUAUCAUUUCCACGCCGGAAAAAGCAAAACCAAACCCCACGGAAAAUAUUACAAAAUACAGCGAAAUUGUUUAUGAAAAAAACAAGGGGGGAUUAAAAGAUCAGGGAAAACAAAUAUUGUACCUAAAACCACAAGGCCAAUAUGCAGAAACAUACAGUAGUAAAUAGAGGGAAAAUACCGAGAGAUUUUCGUGUAAUGAGCGUACUUGCAGAUGGAACUGAUAAGCGAGUCCCGACGAUGUUAACAACACUAGAAAUACGGCGAGAUAUUCCCAUUUGUGGGCUUGUGUUUCGGUUUAGGGUUUCUACUUGUCGCAAAGUGUUCCAUUUUUAGGUUUCCCACUUUAGAAGAUAAUUCUAUUAGUCGUGAACAUUUAGUAGUAAACAUAAGUGGUGUGAAUAGUGGGAUUAAGCCCUAGCCCCUAGGCUAGCCAACAAGCCAAUACCCUGAACUAAAGGGGAUUAUCCAACACGUGUGGGAUUGACUAACGCUUUUAUACUUAAUAUAAUACUAGAAGUUCCACACCAACUCUGAGUUUUAGCCUUGGGCUUGCCUCGGACGCACUCACAGCAAUUUAGCCACUUGUCUACGAAAUGAUUAGUUUAAUCCCAUCGAGCAAACCACUAAUGCAUCACUUUGAGUGAUAGAUCAACGAUGCAGGCUGUAAAAAGCCACCGAUUUGAGUAGCCUACUAUGUACGAACAUCUUUUUCCACGGUUAUAGAUCGUGGCAAACCUGAUUAAUUCACGCAGAGACGGAUUUUUAAUUGAGACGGAUAGGGCCGCCCUUAAAUCCCAGCGUUUGGCCAGGGUCCCGCAAUGAGGAAAUAUUAGGCCCUUUUUCGGGUCUCGGAAUAGAAGCGAAUGUCGGUACGGAAAUCUGGAGUUAGCUAUAGUAGCGAGCUAGUGAUGUGGCGCUAAGGUCGCCUAACAAAGGAUUACAACAAUUAUAGUCAUAAAGAACUUUUGCCUGGCUAUUCAAGAAACCUAACCAAUAACUAAUCAUGGUACUUGCUAGUUACAUGAUUUUUAAUUUACAUUUUUUUUAAUUUAAUUAUUUCUAAUGUUGAAUAUCGGAUAAUCUUGGGUGCCUCAUGGUUCUAAGCCUGAACAAUAUAUUUAGUGGGGGUAAAAAUAUAUAACGUCUAAUAAAAGAAAUAUUUCAAGGUAAA